AUGUUAACCCGAGCUAGAUCCAGAGCACUGACAACAUCCCCGGACUCGUCGCUCCGCUCCGUCUUGCCGUCCCCGGAAGCUACAACAGAAGUUCCGGCCGUGGCUGAGGCGUCGAGCUCAACUUCAAGCGACGAGUUUUUCUCUCCGCCGACGUCGCCAACACCUGUACGUCGGCAGGGGAGAGGCCGGCCACCGACCAGCUUGGGAUCCCGAGGACUACUGACCUCGAACAGGGUCCCCGCUACCGGUGGUGAUGUGCGCCGCAUGAAGUGGACAAAGUCUAUUAAUGAAAAUGUCAUGCGGGCAUAUUAUCGGGCUACAGAGGUGGGAACGAACCUUACUGCGUACCGUGUUCGACUAGUCUCUUUGUUUCAGGAGCUUGAACCAGCUGUCAACGUAUCAGCACAACGAUUGUCGGAUCAAGUACGAGCUAUACAGCGCUGUCAUCUGCUGGAUGAUGCAGUACUUGAGAGGAUACGCUCUGACAUACGGAAUAGCUUAAUUAUCCCUUCUUCGUCACACACUGUGGAUUCGGUAGCCAACAGCACACCUCAGUUGGCAUCAUAUACUGAUGAUAUUGAUGAACUAGUGGAGAGUGAAGUUAUAUCCGUAAGUACCCAAUACAAUGAUAGGAUAAGGAGUGCUUUGGAGGAUGCGAUUCUGGAAUACCGAUAUUUAAAUUGCAAUGAUAGGCCCCGGUUAUUCCGUUUGCCCAUUCAUAAACGAAAUUUAGCGCUGGUGGGUGCCCUGGAUUCGUUAUUGCCUGAAUAUUUAGAUAAUAGCGAAGAUCUUAGUGAUACACAUUCUAUUCUAUAUUGUGCGGCUAUUGCAGCUUGUCGAGUAGCUGGUGUUAAAAUAGCUAACAAUGUCACUACUACUCGACCUAAAUCUACUGUACCAGCUUGGCAGUAUAGAAUUGAACGUCGUAUUACUGAGACCAGGACACUCAUCGGUAAGCUUAUUAGCUACCGAUCAGGGAAUAUGCGGCCGAGAGUGAUGCGCUUUGUGAAACAGGCAUUCUUGGGGACUACCAUUAGUCCUCAGCAGUACAUGUCAUGUGUCACAGAGCGCAUAGACUUUCUAAAGCAGAAAAUUUAUGCAUGGGCAAAUAGGAUAAGACGGUAUAAAAAACGAAUAGAUCGGUAUAAUCAGAAUCGGAUGUUCCAAAGAAAUGAGAAGUGGGUGUACCGGAAAUGGGAGGAACCGGAUCCAUGUGUGGGUGAUAGGCAUUUGCCAGAUGAAAAUGUCACAAAUACAUUUUGGCGUAACAUCUGGUCGGUGCCUGUCACUCAUAUAGAAGGUGAUUGGUUGCAGGAUGUCAGACGCUCAUGUGAGUCUAUAACACCUAUGGAACCUGUUAAAAUUGAUAAAGAUGAUGUAAGUUGUGCAGUUCGUUCAUUACCGAAUUGGAAAUCACCUGGUCCAGACGGACUGCACAACUUUUGGCUUAAGUGGUUCCGAAGCUCACAUGCGCGUUUGGCAUCUCAAUUCCAGGCAGCUUUGGAUUCGGGUUCAUUACCCCAAUUUUUAACCACUGGCAUAACCCACUUACUCUAUAAGUCUGGUAGUGUCAUGGAUCCCAAAAAUUUUCGACCUAUUACAUGUUUACCUACCAUGUAUAAACUUCUAACAUCUAUUCUGAGACUCAAAAUUACUUUACAUAUUAAUAAUAAUUCGAUUAUGUCAGUUUCUCAGAAUGGAUGUAGAAGUGGGACCCGUGGCACUAAAGACCUCCUUAUCAUAGACAUGACCAUUAGCCAACAGGUACGUUGUAAUCGUAAGAGUUUGGCGACGUGUUGGAUAGAUUAUAAGAAGGCUUAUGACUCGGUUCCACACACAUGGCUUUUGAAGGUGCUGGAGUUGUAUAAAAUUGAUACAACUCUGUGCACUUUCUUGAAGUCAUGUAUGGGGCAAUGGAGAACGGCACUUCGCUAUCCAGGAUGUCGGCAGACAGCGAUACACGAUGUACUAAUAAAGAUCGAGCGGGGUAUAUUUCAAGGUGAUAGUCUGAGUCCCUUGUGGUUUUGUCUGGCUUUGAACCCUCUUAGCACUUUAUUAGAGGGUUCAGGGUUAGGCUAUAGGUUGCAGAAAGAUGAUCAAGUUAUAUCUCACCUUCUUUAUAUGGAUGAUUUGAAACUGUUAGCCUCCAACAAAUUACAAUUGACAAAGUUACUAAAGGUGACGGAAAACUUUAGUAAUUCUAUCAAAAUGGAAUUUGGUGUAGACAAGUGUGCAGUCAUGUAUGUAAAGAAGGGUGUGAUAGUUGAAUCUGAAGGAAUAGAGCUUUUGGAUUCAACAAAACUCAGAUCUCUGUCUGCCACUGAAACUUACAAGUAUCUGGGUAUAUCACAGUCGUUGGGAAUACCAGAAUCUAACAUGAAACAAACAUUGCAGGAACGCUUUUUUGGCCGCUUGAAAAAAGUACUUAAAAGUCUUUUAUCAGGGGGCAACAAGGUGCGAGCCUGCAAUGGUUGGGUCAUGCCGGUUCUAAUGUAUUCCUUUGGUAUACUUAGAUGGACUCAGACCGAAUUAGAUGCCCUUGACAGGAAAGUCCGCACACUGCUGACUGCAUCCCGAAUGCACCACCCACGUUCAUCAGUUAUGAGAUUGUAUAUCCCGCGAAAGCUUGGGGGUCGCGGUCUAUUAAAUAUCAAGACCCUACAUAAUCGCGAGGUAUGCAAUCUCAGAGAAUAUUUUCUACAUACCGACGUGGGAGUGCAUCGCAAUGUAGUUGCAGUGGAUACCGGCUUCACCCCGCUCGCUCUGGCAGAAGAGAAUUGGCGCAGACCUGUAGUACUUGGUGUUAAUGAUCGCAGGGAAGUAUGGAAGGGCAAAGAGCUCCAUGGUCGGUUUUAUCGGGCCCUAAACGGGUCCGAUAUAGAUUUAAAAGCAUCUACGACUUGGCUACGGCAUGGUGAUCUCUUUGGAGAAAACUGA